CGGGAGCGCACGCGAGGUAGGACGGAGCUGUGCAUCCGCCUGGGAGAGCUGAGUAGAGAGAGAGAGAGAGAGAGAGAGAGAGAGAGAGAGAGAGAGAGAGAGAGAGAGAGAGAGAGAGAGAAGCAGCAGAACUUUGGUUGCUUUACUGUACGCACAGAGGAUGCUCAGAAGACGCUGCGGCGUUUCCCGAAGUCUCCAGCUUACACACACUGAGCUGUGAUACGGUUUAUAAGGACCGGGUUCGCCCACACCAGGUCUUCUACGGGACUCUCGCGAUGUCCGCUACCUUUGGGUCCCUGCUGCUUCUUCUGGCGUUGGGUGUAUUGCGUGCGAGCGGGCAGACGGAGAUGAAGCGAGUAGUUGGUGAUAAUGCCACGCUGCCAUGUUACCACCAGCUUUGGCAUGCCAAUACCUCACUGCUGGACAUCGAGUGGCUGGUGGUGAAACCCAAUGCCAAGCAGAAAGCGGUGAUCACCUACUUUGCAGGGAGGAUCUACGAUCCGAACGAGGGUGAGGAACGGAGGUUGACCCUGGCGGGUGAUUAUCUGAAGGGCGAUGCCUCGCUGAUGAUUAGAGACCUUUUGCACACAGACUCUGGGGAGUACAGCUGCAAGGUGAAGAACGGAGGGAAGUACAACUGGAAUACGGUCGACCUCAUCGUCCUGGUUAAGCCGUCCAAACCUCGCUGCUGGAUGGAAGGAAGGCUGUUGGAGGGCAGCGACGUGAAGAUGAGCUGUAAAUCCGCUGAGGGAUCCGACCCCAUCCGGUACAAAUGGGAAAGAGUGCUGGACAAGGGCAGAUAUGUUGGGAAACUACCACCUCUCGCUCUUCUGGACCUAAAGAACCCGGAGUUCGUGACUCUGAGGAAUCUGAGUCGAGAGAGUGCAGGCAUCUACAGAUGCACAGCCAGCAACGACGUAGGAACGGAGAGCUGUACCGUGGAGGUCAAAAUUCACUACGUUCGAGGUAUGGGAGUGAUGGCCGGCGCUGUAGUGGGCGUGUCCUUGGGCGUGCUGCUCCUCAUCCUCAUCGUGUGGCUGGUGUUCCGCAAGAAGGAGAAGAAGAAGUACGAGGAGGAAGAGACGCCCAACGAGAUCAGGGAGGAUGCUGAGGCUCCCAAGGCUAAGCUGAUGAAACCCAACUCUCUGUCCUCCUCACGAUCAGGAAGCUCUCGCUCGGGGACCUCGUCCACCCAGUCCAUGGUUCCCAGCGGUGCCCUACGUGCCCACAAACCUCACCCGCCCCCUCCCACGGCGGGGCCCCUGAAGGAUGGCGUCCAGCCUUCCACGUUGCCGGCCAUGCCCCCGGCAUACACGCAGGUUGCGCCAAAGCUCCCGGAGCCUCACAGCAGCCCCAAACUGAACCCAGGGAACCUGGCACGGAUGGGCGCCAUGCCCGUGAUGAUCCCAGCUCAGACCAAGGCCUUCCAGACUGUCUAAGGAUACAUGGACAUCAUCAUCAUCAUCAUCAUCAUCACACGCAUUCCUGUAUACCGAUUUACUCCAAGGACACGUUUGAGCACCACGCCAGCGACGAAAGUCAAACCAAAACAUACACACACACACACACACACACACACACACACACACACACACACACACACACACACAAACUGUGAGCCCAAUCAGACUCACUCCAUCAAGAGAAAUAAAGCAAGAAAAGACGAAUAAAAAGGGAAAUAAAGCCUGAAGUUGCUUGAAGCGUCUCUAAUCGCUGUGUCAAUAAAAUACCACACAUGGGAAAUAAGAAGCGAUUGCCCUCUUGAUGUGGACAAUAAAUGAAAGCGGUGUUUUCCCUUAACACACACCAUUUGUUUUCCGCUUUGAUGGCAGCGCCGGGAUUCUGCAUGGCCGGACAGAACGGCUGAUUUACUUCUAACAAGGAAGUGAGGAAAGAAGGAGUUUCUCUUCCCCGACUUGAACUGACGAGCAGCUCAAGGUGUCAGCAUGAAGAGGACGGCGUUUAGAGGAAAGGACUCGUUCCAAACACCUGCUCUCAGUUUUCAUUCCCAGUCACCGUAACACGUCUGGCUCCGAACCAGGAAGUGAACUGACAGUGAAUCGUAGACGGGGCUGAUUUGUAAAUCUUGAUAGAUUUUUUUUUUUUAAUGUCAUUACACAACAUGUACAGUGAGGUUUUUUAACACGACAGUAAAAACAGCGUCUUUAUCUAGGCUCAAACACCACCUUAAAUAAAUUAUGAAUAAAGCGCUUUAAUUUCCUUUGACUCGUUUCUCGACGUCGUCGCACUACGUCAAGUUUCGAAGCUCUCGCGAUGAUCCGAGAACACGGAGAUCAUCCUCACUUCUUCGCCGCAGCGAACGAGUUUAGAGUCUAACGGGGUGGAAUUUCAGAUUACUCGCACAAGCGAUCACUCCAAAGCCGAUUUACGGAAAUUUAGGUCUAAAAAGCGAUCUAUCAGAGUCGAAAUCUUUUAAAAGGAGCUUUGAAAGGAAGCGAGAAAAAGAAGUUACCCCAAGAAAAAGGAAGCACUUUCAUGUCUCAGCUUCAGAUGUUACUCAAUAUCAAAAGCCGCAGUGUUUCUCUGUAAAGUGAGUCAGACAUUUAUGCUGAAAGUUUUUUUUUUGCUGUUGGUUCAGUUCAAAAAAGUGAAGCAAUGAAAUGGAUUGGCUGGAAAUCCGGAGCUGGAUUUAUUUCUCCUUUUUAUUUUCUCAGAUCUCAAUAUGAGACGUGUUGAUAUGAGACGAAGGACAAGCUUUGACCUGGAGUGAUUUUUAUUUAAAACCAGAAAAGGACGUAGAUUCCAGUUUUAAAGUAAUUCCCUAGAAAGUUUGUCUCAUCGCCUUGUUCCGGUGUGAGCAACAUAAAUGUUUUAUCGUCAUCAUCCGAGUCAUCUUUCUGCAUGGCCGGACAGAACGGCUGAUUUACUUCUAACAAGGAAGUGAGGAAAGAAGGAGUUUCUCUUCCCCGACUCGAACUGACGAGCAGCUCAAGGUGUCAGCAUGAAGAGGACGGCGUUUAGAGGAAAGGACUCGUUCCAAACACCUGCUCUCAGUUUUCAUUCCCAGUCACCGUAACACGUCUGGCUCCGAACCAGGAAGUGAACUGACAGUGAAUCGUAGACGGGGCUGAUUUGUAAAUCUUGAUAGAUUUUUUUUUUAAUGUCAUUACACAACAUGUACAGUGAGGUUUUUUAACACGACAGUAAAAACAGCGUCUUUAUUAAUAUCGAAAACAACACUAUCAUGCUGCCAAUCUUAAAUUCGCCCGAAAACCUUGUAUAAAGUCCCAAAGCUACAUACAAUGAUAAGCAAGCUAGCAAUGAAUAAAUAAUGAAACACCCCAAAGCUGACAUUCCCUGUCUCCUCCUCCUCCUCCUCCUCCUCCUCCUCCUCCAGCAGCCGAUCAGCAUCGUCAGAAGUUGCGGUUAAAAACGAGGGCGGAGUUAAUGUCCGUGCUCUUUCUUACAAACUUCGUUUAUAUAAAAUCGAAGAAAUUUGUAUGAAUUUUUAUCGCAUGUCGUGCAUUUGCAUAUUGGAACCUGAUUAGCUUUUAUAGUUGAUAUGCAUUUGCAUAUUGGAAUCUGAUUGGCUGAUACGAUCGGUUAUUGUUCUUUCAACAAUUUUACAGUGCAUUAUUAUUAUUAUUAUUAUUAUUAUUAUUAUUAUUAUUAUUAUUAUUAUUAUUAUUAUUAUUAUUAUUCAUUCACACACUACGGACAAUUUUCCAGAGAUGCCAAUCAACCUACCAUGCAU